AGAUACGUCACGAUAAAGCUAAUCUCUCUUUGAAUUCUUUAAUUUUAUUGUUCCAAAAUUGAUUUGGCGUGUUUAGUGAUUCGUGACCACUCUGUAACAAUGGCAAGUGAAAAUAAAGCUGGUAGAUCCCAAACUGAUGGGAAUACCAUCAGUGAUUAUAUCCUGAAAUCCUUGGACGCAAAUAAAUACGCUACAAAGAAGACCAUAGCGCAAGGACUCCUCGACGUUGCCUUACUCACUGCCAAUGCCUCCCAGCUGAAGUACGUCCUCCAAGUCGGGGAAAAACACGAGUUCUACGUAUUGAUGCUAACCCUAAUCAGCAUAUCCAUAGUUCUGCAGGUGUUCCAAGCGAUCCUGUGUGUUCUUCUGGGGACUACACUUAAUCUCAACAAAGAAGGGGAUCACAAGUCUGCAGACAGAGCCAACAAUGUUAUACUCUGCAUUAAUAUUAUCCUAAUGGCUACAAAUAUUCUAAUCAGUGCAUUUGAAAUGAAGGAGGAUAGCAAUAAACCGUGAUUAGUGUUUAAGUGACAGCAUAAUGUAUUUAUUUAUGGAAUAGGUUUAUAAAAUCAUGUCAAAAGGGACUAUCAAGUUGAGUAAGAUUUACAUUUAGGAUUAUGUGUAAAAAGAACAUCGGGAUGCAUUGUAGGAUACUCUCUUAGCCUAUUUUUUGUGUAUUAUUCAAGUGCAUUUACCUAGUGAUAUCUUUAAUAGUCAGAUAUAUUUAUAUUAAUUAAAUAAAAGUAUUUCCAAAGA